AUUUUCCAUGUUGAAAUAUUCAAAUUUAUUUUCAUAGAAAAAGCUUGAUCCCCCUCCCUUUUCAAAUUACAGGUGAUCGACACCCUAAUCAAGAGAAACUCCAAUGGCUUCCAUUGGAUUGCCUAAACUCGUUUUUUCCUUCUUCCUGUUUUUCCUACAAUUAAUUUCUGGCUUGGAGAAGAUCGACUUGAACACAACAUUACUUGCAGAUGACAACAGCUCCCCAUGCGUUUCUCCUUUUGGGGACUUCGCUUUCGGUUUCCGAAAACUCAACAAUACCAACCUCUUCUUUCUUGCCAUCUGGUUUGACAAAAUUCCUGAUAAAACUAUUGUUUGGAGCGCAAAAAUAGAUGAUCCAGUCCAACAAGGCUCCAAGCUCCAGAUUACUGCCAACGGCCUUGUACUUGCUGAUCCUAGUGGUCAACAAAUAUGGACUAGUGGAAUCAACCAAACUUCAGCUGCUUCCUAUGGUGCUAUGCUUGACACUGGCAACUUUGUUGUUGUUGGUACCAAUUCCAAUUACCUAUGGGAGAGCUUCAAAAAUCCCACAGACACCAUCCUGCCUUCUCAAACACUGGAACCAGGCACUGCCUUGUUCUCUAGACUCUUAGAAACAAACUUCUCCAGAGGAAGGUUUGAGCUUUAUUUCUCCGAUGGUGAUCUCCGGCUCAGUCCACUUGCCUGGCCAACUGAGUUUCGUUAUGAUCCUUAUUUUAAGAGUGGAACUUCUGCCAAUGUUUCACAGCUUGUUUUCAAUGGAUCAUCAUCUGAUAUCUACUUGAUGCAGAAAAAUGGAAUGAUUGUCCAACUCCAAUGGCAGAGUCAGAACACAGCACACAGCGUGUCUGGAAACUAUUAUCGAGCAACACUUGAUUAUAAUGGAGUCUUCACGCAGUAUGCCCAUCCCAGGGACUCCAAUGGUGAGCAGAGCUGGUCAAUCGUGCAAUACAUCCCUGAAAAUAUUUGUUCUGCCAUAAGCAAUGAUCUUGGUAGUGGUGCAUGCGGGUAUAAUAGCUACUGCAGCAUGUCAAAUGGCAGGCCUACUUGUAGGUGCCCACUUGGAUAUUCACUUAUGGAUCAAAAUAAUCCAUUUGGAGGUUGCAAACCAAAUUUUCCUAUGGGUUGUGGAGUUGAUGAUGCAUCAGAGAACAUGGAAGAAUUAUAUGAAUUGCAGGAGCUUAAAAAUGUGAAUUGGCCUCAGGGAGAUUACGAAAGGUUGCAGCCUUAUAGUGAAGAACAAUGCAGAACUUCUUGUUUGCAAGAUUGUAUGUGCGAUGUUGCCAUUGUUGGUUACUCAAUGUGUUGGAAGAAAAGGAUACCUCUUGGUAACGGAAGAUUUGAUAUGAACUCAAGAGCUCUAAUCAAAGUUAGAAAAGGUGUUCCUUUGGAUUACCCUGGUCCUGCAUGCAACAUAAAGAAGAAGGAUAAGUCGAUCCUCUUAGGAUCACUAAGUACCUCCCUUGCCCUGAAUGCAUUUCUUCUAAUAAUAGUUCCUCUAAUUCUCUUAUUCAAACGAAAAAGGAAAUCAAACAGAGCCACUGAAGUUUCAACCCUCCUGGAAUCAAAUCUGCAUGUGUUCACUUAUAAGGAACUUGAGGAAGCAACCAAUAACUUCAAAGAACAAGUCGGCAAGGGAUCUUCCGCAAUUGUCUAUAAAGGCAUCCUGAACUUUGCUGAAAAUAAAGCAAUCGCGGUGAAGAAGUUGGAUAAGUUGUCCCUAGAGGCCGACAAAGAAUUCAGAAAUGAACUGAAGGCAAUUGGGAAGACAUGCCACAAGAAUCUUGUCCGGCUGUUGGGUUUCUGUGAAGAGGGAGCUCACCGCCUUUUGGUUUAUGAGUUUAUGACUAAUGGUACAUUAGCAAAUUUUCUCCUCGGGAUUCCAAAGCCUGGUUGGAAUAUAAGAGCUAAAAUUGCCUUGGAGAUUGCGAGAGGGCUUGUGUAUUUACAUGAAGAGUGUGAUGUUCCAAUCAUUCACUGUGAUAUAAAGCCUGAAAACAUACUCCUAGAUGAACUUUUCACUGCAAGGAUUUCUGAUUUUGGGUUAGUGAAAUUGUUACUCUCUAACCAGAGUCGAACUAUGACCAAUAUCAGAGGAACGAGAGGAUAUGUGGCUCCUGAAUGGUUCAGAAAUGUAGCUAUUACAGCUAAAGUAGACAUUUACAGUUUUGGCGUUAUGUUGUUAGAAAUUAUCUGCUGCAGAAAGAAUGUACCGAAACUCGAGCAGGAAGAGAUACUAAUAGACUGGGUUUAUGAUUGUUUUGUGGAAGGGAGGAUAGAUGAUGUGGUUGAGUUUGAUAAAGAAGCUAUGGCUGAUAAGGACAGGGUAAGCAGAUGGGUAACCAUAGCCAUCUGGUGUAUCCAAGAGGAUCCUUCGAAAAGGCCUUCAAUGAGGAUGGCUCUGCAAAUGCUAGAAGGACUUGUUGAAGUACCGUUGCCCAUCUUCAGCUCUACUUAUUCAGAUGUUUGAGUAAUCGUCAUCAUCAUGAAAUUUAGCUGUGUUGCAGAAGGGUAAGGUAUUGGUAAUCCAUGAUUAUAUAUUAUAGACUGUAAGUAACUUAUUAAUAAAAUUGGUGUGUUUCUCUUUA